UACUUGUAUCAUUAAUUAGAUGUAUCACAUAUUCUACUCCUACUUUGAAUCGCACAUUUUGAUGUCCUGUGUUUGGAGAUAUCUUGGGUAUUGAUCAAUGUUGGAUGUUUAAAAUGUGGUUCGUUCUGUGUUGAUGUGAGAUAUUAUGAAACACACCUAGUAUGUUGACUUGACCCAACUUGCCCAGAUUUGGCAGUUACAGAUGCCAAAGGAAGGAGCCUCUCAUGAGAGAAUGUAUGGAUAAGACACUCCCUUGUCUCAGAAGAGCAGCAAUAUAUCAUCGUCACCCUGCUGCAUGUUGUCACUGGCCAUGUUUGAGGUUUGGCUGCAGAGGACAAAACAUCGGACUCUGGAGGAGGAACUCAUUCAGGUGGUCUGGCAGAUUUUCCGGAAUGGAAGAUUACUACAUUACCAGCAGCUCACAGGACCAAAGCUACGGUUACAGCAGCACCACCUCCAAAUACCACAUUGACCCUGUACGUGUGGUGACAUGCAUAAUCGUUGCUGUCGGCCUUCCUCUGACCCUGGUGGCCAUCUAUGCUCUUUAUUCUAUGGUGAGAAGAGAUCAAGUUGCUCCCAUCUACCUCAUCAACCUUCUCAUUUCUGACAUCCUUCAGUUCUGCUGCAUGAUCGUUUGGGUGGCACCAAAUAUUCGUGGACAGAUAUCUGACAUCUUCUUAUAUAUUCACUUCUCUGCUCUGUUUGCCAGUAUUUGCUUCAUGGUCUGCAUCUCCCUGGAAAGGUAUUUGGUCAUCGCCCACCCACUGUGGUACCACUUCAGACGAACCAUCAAGACCUCUGUGGUGCUCUGUGUCCUGGUCUGGGUUCUUUGUGGUGUCUGUGCCUUCCUUAUAAAUUUGUCUGUAGAUAUGAUCAGAUACAUACUCUUCCCCAUCCUCCUCCUCCUUCCCUUUCCUCUGUUAAUCUUCUUCCUGGUUGGGACCCUCAAAGCCCUGUCUGCUUCCACCUCGGUCCCCUCUGACGAAAAACGACGAAUUGUGGGAAUUUUGGUUCUGGUGCUGCUUAUUUACACGCUGCUGUUCCUGCCCAGAAUCAUUUGCUUCCUUAAAGCGUACAAUGACGAUUGCCUGUUGCUACAAAGAUGUAACUUCAUUCUCAACAACCUGUCUAUCAUCUUCCUCAGGCUGAGUCCUCUUGCAGACUUGUUCCUGUAUGUCCUCAUGAGGAAAGGGUUCAUAGACAAGCUUUUGGCCUCUGUGUGUUGCUGCAGAAUGAACAGCAAUGAUAUCAGCAGUCCAUCAGUAUGAAUGAUGACAACAUUU